CAAACAUUCCAUUUUGUUUCAAUCCGUGGAUUUUAUUUCAAGUUCACGCCACGGAGUAAUUCUGACUCGACGUACGAAUAUAUUGUUUUCGUACGGAUCGCGAGUGAAAGGAGUUCGAGCAGCAUGAUUACUGUGUGAAACUGUUUAUAUUCAAAAGAUUGUGAAGUCCUUGUAUUCUUUUAUUUUGAUUUGUGUGUUUAUACUUGUGAAAAAUGGUGCAGGAGUAUCAGUCUCCCGUAAGGGUGCACAAGUUCACCUUCGAGAUGGUGAUGGCCGCAUACGAGAGGCGGUUUCCAAACUGUCCUCAGAUCCCAGUGGUGGUGGAAUGCCUCAUCACAGACGACAGCUGGUCAUCAGACGAUUCUCAGCGACAGACGACUAGGCGGUGUCAGCUGAAUGUGGAAGCCCCUUAUCUCCUAAAGAAGAUGAUCGGUGUAGAUUACAUCUACUUUAUCCAGAAGAACAACCUGGACCUCAAGAAAAGGGUUUUGGAAAUCGAAGCUACGAACGAAACCUUCUCUUCCAGGGUCGGAGUCGUGGAGAAAUGCAAAUAUUACGUCCACCCCGAUAACCCUGAGUGGACGUGCUUCGAGCAGAGUGCACUCCUCGACGUGAAGAACUUCUUCGGACUCGAGAGCACCGUCGAGAAGAUUGCCAUGAAGCAAUACGCUGCUAAUAUUGCCAAGGGCAAGGAGCUGAUCGACGUGUUCAUGAAGGAGGUGUACAAUGAUGGAGUGACCUGCCUGAACCCUUGGAAGCAAGGCGCAAUCACCGAAAACCGCGAGCUCCGGCGAAUUCUCUCCCGGGGAACCGAACCACUGUCUCCCAUGCUCACAUCUGAGAGUAGAACGCACACCGAACCAGACCAAUACACCCUAGACAGCGACUACAUCAAGAGGUACCUGGGCGAGCUGAGCCCCAUGCAGGAGUCCCGUCUGCUGCAGCUCCGCAAGUGGAUCGCUGACCUGCAGAAAGGCAAGGUGCCGAGUGACACCACACUGCUCCGCUUCCUGCGCGCCCGCGACUUCAACGUGGAGAAGGCACGAGAGAUGCUCUCCCAGUCGCUGCUCUGGCGGAAGAAGCACCAGGUCGACCGCAUCCUCUCGGAGUACGAGACCCCUGACGUUGUGAAGCAGUACUUCCCUGGCGGCUGGCAUCAUCAUGACAAGGACGGACGUCCGCUGUACAUUCUGAGACUGGGUCAGAUGGACGUGAAGGGACUGCUCAAGUCCAUCGGAGAAGACGGCCUCUUGAAGCUGACACUUCACGUAUGCGAGGAAGGUCUGAAGCUUCUGGAAGAGGCGACGAACGCGAGCGAGCGCGCGGUGCAGUCGUGGUGCCUGCUGGUGGACCUGGACGGGCUGAACAUGCGCCACCUGUGGCGGCCCGGCGUGCGCGCGCUGCUGCGCAUCAUCACCAUCGUCGAGGCCAACUACCCCGAGACCAUGGGCCGCGUGCUCAUCGUGCGCGCGCCCAGGGUCUUCCCUAUUCUGUGGACUAUUGUCAGCACGUUUAUUGACGAGAACACCCGCAGCAAAUUCUUGUUCUAUGGCGGCAAGGACUACCUGCAGCCGGGCGGGCUGCUCGACUACAUUCCCAAGGAGCUCAUCCCUGACUUCCUGGGGGGACCCUGCAAGAGCUUCGUGCACGAGGGAGGGCUGGUGCCGAAGAGUUUGUACGUGAGCGGCGCCUUCACGGAGCGGGAGGGAGAUCCCCUCAGUGAGGACAGCAUCUACCGGUCCGUUAGCUUGGGGAAAGGACAGGUCCAUGAAGUAAUAGUACCAAACCGCGACCCGCAAAGCGUGCUGACGUGGGACUUCGACGUGCUGCGCCACGACAUCGCCUUCACCGUCUACCGCAGCGACCACGAGCUCUCCCACCCACCCGCCGAUACUACAGCGCUGUGUGUAGGUGGAGGGGACGAGGCCAAGUCCGUGCUCGACCAGAAGGGGUGGCGCGAGGGGGAACACUUCCACAGGGUGGAGCCUACACUCGUCUGCCAUGAUGGGGAGAGCAUACAGGGCUCGCACGUGAUGCUGGAGUGCGGGUGGUACGUGCUGCAGUGGCGCUGCGACGUGCUGGACUGCACGCACCGCGCCGCGCAGCUCAUGUACUUCCACGAGACGCUCACCUCGCACCACUACAAGGGUUCGAUGUCCAGCCUGCAGUCGGGCACGAGCGGGUUCUCGUGCCUCAGCGGCAAGUCGGUGAGCAGCAGCUGUCCGUCCCGGUGAUGCGAGCUUCCAUUCCCGGGCGUGGCCCCCCCCGCCCCCCCCGCCCCCCCACUCACCUGAGCGGCCAGACAUGGAAUACCUGGCGAAAACUACUCAAAAAGUGGCGAACUAUAAACAUUGCAGGUGACUUCGGAACUAGAUGUUAGGCUAGCUACAUGUUACAUUAUAUUUAGUUCAAAUAGUAAUUAUUCGUAUAAUUAUAGCUGUCGGAUUUGAUAUAGUUACGUGAAUUCUUAGUUCAUAAAAACGAGAGUAAUACAAUUGAAUAAAUAAAAUACGAUUGAAGUGAAUUAGUAAAUAUUUUAUUGUAAGACAAAUGCGUAACUCGCAGGCUUGUUGUGUCCUGUUUAUUGUUGACGAUACUUCAUGCGCAGGAGUUGAUUGAGUGGCUCUUGUGCUUUAUGUCACGGCUUCGAUUCCCACGUGGAGCGUGGAAUUAUUUUUGAUCUGUUGGCGCGUUUGUGUGGCGGAUAAAUGACGUAUGAAAUAAUAAUAAUAAUACUAUUGCACAUUGCAGUGUUUUUAAAUAAUGACAAGAUCUCGUACAUAGAUGACUUUACAUAGCAACAUGUACAGACGGAGCGAUUUCUCGAAAAUACGAAUAUAAAGUUGUGAUAUCGUUUUAAUUUAGAAAUAAUUAUUAAUUUUGCUUAUUAUGAAAUAGUGUUGGAAAACUAUUGUGUAGUGGAAAAUACAGUAACAAUAUAAUACUUGGAUUUUAGCUACAUAUGAAUCGCUCCGUCUGCGUGUAACAAAUCUAACUCUUAUAUAAUAUACUUCAUUAUCGUAGCCAUAAAAAAUUACUUAAACUUAACCGCCAAACAGAUUUCGAUCUUACACUAUUGUGAAUAGAGUCUAUUUUUCAAUAAAUAGCUAAAUAUGUGAAUAAAAUGUUGUAUGUAUAUUUAAUCGGUCGUAAGUAACGCAUGUUUAUGUACUAACAGUAUAUAAGUACUCAGUUGUUAUGUGGAAUUGAACGAAAUGUAAUACUUAGAAAAUGUAAAUAACACAUUCAUUCGAAAUACAUCUUUAUAACUUGUGGUUUAAAGUUCAAUUUCGAAUGUGAAUAUAGACAGUAGUCGUCAAAAUUCUUUGACUACUACAAAAUAAAGAUCACUUUCAUUCUAAAAGCAUCUUUAUUACUACCGUUUUAAAGUUUAAUAUCGAAUGACAUAUGUCUUCUUUUCAUUCACAAUGUCUUUAGUAUAUAGUCUAAGAGCUCUACAUACAUAAGCAUGCGUCAUCUAUACAUUAGUAACAGAAAUGUGCUAAACUAAUAAUAUAUUAUAUUUAUAGCCAAAUUAUAUGCUCAGAGUUAUAAUAAUAUAUAAUAUAUAAGAUAAAACUAAAGAUUGGGUACAAAAUUGUGUAAGGAAAGUAACGCUUAGUCCAGGAGCCGGAGAUAAAGUGUCAAAUAUUAUCAUAGGACUAUAAAAUAUAUUUAUUUGAUUCCAUUCCUUUAUAGCUGGUAUAAAAUUAAAUAAAAUAGACAAAAAUGUAUUUUUAUACAGAUCUUGUUCAAAAUGUUGUUGUUGAAGUAUUAAAGCGUGAGCUCCUGGUCUAAGCUAGCAUUUGUCUCAUUUAGCGAUAUUAAUAGAUGUAAACUAUUUUGACAAAU